AUGAGUACGCUGAGUUGGAACUGCCGUGGCUUGGGUAAUCCACGGACAGUUCGAGAGGUGGUGGGCAUGGUGUCCAAAAAGCAACCCGACUUUGUAUUUCUAAUAGAAACUAAGGUAGCGCGAGAUCAUGCUGAGCGUCUUCGUGUUACGAUCGGUUUCGAAGGCUUAUUUUAUGUUGACAAUGAUGGUUUGAGUGGUGGAUUAGCGUUAUUGUGGAAGAAGAAUAAUACGGCGAGACUCCUUAGUUACUCAAGGAACUACGUUGAUAUUGAGGUAACUAUGACAGGUAAUCCGGCCUGGAGAAUGACGUGUUACUAUGGUUAUUCGGACCGUAAUAGGCGUGCUGAAUCAUGGGAUUUGUUGAGAAUGUUGGCGUAUGAGAAGAGAGGGGGAAAUCCACAUCCGAAUAGCCUUCUUCGAGGUUUUGGGGAGACGAUUGAGGAUUGUGGAUUGGCCCAGUUGCCAAUGAUUGGAUACCCAUAUACCUGGGAGAAGGGGAAAGGGACUGCAAACUGGAUUGAGGAGAGACUUGAUAAGGUCCUAGUAACGAACGAGUGGCGCAAUAUAAUUCCCCAUGUAAAGGUUAUGAAUUUGAGAACCAGGAAGUCAGAUCAUUCAGCCAUUUUUUUCACAGUUCAGGAGGAGGUAGGGAGGGAUGGGGUUAGAAGAAGGGGUUUUAGGUUUGAGAUGACAUGGUUAUAUGAUGAGGGAUGUAGGGGUGUGGUGGAGCAGGCGUGGCAGGAAGGGAGAGGGCAGGGUUUACAGGGUUGUGUUCAAUACUGUGAAAACCGGUUAACACGAUGGGGUGGAGAUCGGUUCCAUAACUCUGGGGGUCCGGGAACUGGAGAUGAUUUUUUUGGGGGGAUAGAACCCAGGGUAUCACAGGCGCAGAAUGACUCACUAUUACGGCCAUUUAAUCUGGAGGAAGUAAAGGAUGCAUUGUUUGCAAUGUAUCCGGAUAAAGCACCGGGACCGGAUGGAAUGAAUCCGGGUUUUUAUCAGCAUUUCUGGGAUGUGGUAAGAGGGGAUGUUGCGAGUUUUGUGCUAAACUGUCUUGAAUCAGGUGACCUCCCGUCUGGCUUGAAUGAGACAGAUAUUGUGUUGAUCCCUAAAAAGAGUAAUCCAGAGUUAGUAACUGAUUUGCGCCCUAUAGCACUUAGCAAUGUCAUUUACAGAAUAAUAGCUAAAAUGAUGGCUAAUAGAAUGAAGCCUUUGAUGGAAGGAAUAAUAUCUGAGACACAGAGUGCUUUUAUCCCAGAUAGAUUGAUAACAGAUAAUAUUCUAUUAGCUGCAGAAGUGGGGCACUUUCUGAAUCGAAAACAGUGUGGAUUGAGGGGCUGGGGUGCACUUAAGCUGGAUAUGGCUAAGGCGUAUGAUCGAAUGGAGUGGCCUUUUCUCCGUAAUAUGAUGAUGGCAUUGGGUUUCCAUGAUAGAUGGGUUGAUUUGAUUAUGGAAUGUGUGACCACAGUCUCCUAUAGUAUUCUGAUAAAUGGCUCAAGGAGUGACCCAAUAAUACCCACGCGUGGUUUGAGACAGGGAGACCCGCUAUCCCCAUAUUUGUUUAUUAUCUGUGCAGAGGGACUCUCGUUGUUACUACAACAGGCUAACAGAGCGGGAUUAAUUCAUGGAUGUAGGGUAGCAAGAGGUGCCCCUCAGAUUUCUCAUUUGUUUUUUGCGGACGAUAGCCUUUUAUUCUUUAAGGCUAAUGUGGAAGAGGCUAAUGAGAUAAAGAAAUGUCUGACUGUAUAUGAGGAUCUAUCGGGACAGGUGGUUAACUACCACAAGUCGAGUAUUUGUUAUAGCAGGAAUACGAGUAAUGUGGAUAGGGAAAGUGUGGCCCAAGUUUUGGGGGUGGAGCAGGCACCAAACUUUGGCAAGUACUUGGGUCUACCUUCGUUUGCAUGGCGAAUGCUCACUAAGCCUGAUUCCUUAGUAGCUCGUGUUUACAAAAGCCGAUAUUUUCCCAGGGAUACUUUCUUUGAUGCGCAGGACCCUAUGAUACAAACAGAGAUGCCUAUACAGUUACGAGAGGCCAGAGUAGUGGGGCUAAUAGAUCAACAAACUGUUUGGGAGGCGUUUUUACCACGCCCGGGGUCCCUACUCAGAGCGGCAGCGGCAGCCAAGACCGCAUGGACUCAGUCCCGCCCAGCCGUGGUUGCCACUGCCACUGCUACGCUGCCGACAGAAAACCGCCACGCUGCCCAGGCGAGUCCCACCGCCGGCCGCGGUGCUGCCGACGCCGCCGGAUCCUCUGUGCCGCCAGUGAGAAGAUGCAGGGUCGAUGCGGGAUAUCUACACGAGACAGGGAAUGCAACUGUAGGGGCCGUUUUAUUAGAUGGAGAUGGAGCCUAUAUCUCGGCACUAACCGCGCCGCUACCGGCCUUUGUGAGAGAAUUCAAUGAUGCAAUUUUCCCUAGGCAUAUUUGUGACAAAGAAGGUGAUGAUUUCUUUGAUGAGGACUUUCUGGAUGGAGAUGUGGUUGAAAGUCCUAUUGGAACUUUGGAGCGAAACAAGCAAUAUGAUGCAAAGGAUGGAUGGUGGAUCUGUUAA